CUGGAAUGGACGUUGAGCAAAUGUCCACGAAUAUGGCCAAUAAUAAGACUUUCUCGGGAAACAACACUCCUGCGCAGUACGAUAUAAUCAUCGAACAACCGAAGCUCGUCACCGUGGUCCUUGUUCUCACUUGCGUCGCGACACUCAUCUACCUACUGGCUAUAUUUGUACGAUGGAAGCACAACCGACUAAGGGAGCUGGAGUGUGUCUUCAUGCUCAGCGCUUUCGUCUUCUACCUGGUGUACGAGAUUAUGCUGCUUGUGUCAAUGCCUCUAUUCUAUCGUCUGAAUGCCGUCAAUCUCGGUCUCAUAGAGAAGUACCCGACCGCCCUUCAAGAUAAAGAAAGAUUCAUACUUCUCCUUUUUGUGAACAAUUUGAUAUUUCUUUUUCUGCUCUGGUCUGUCAAAUUUGGUCUUCUUGUACUCUACCGUCGCUUGAUGAUCGGGCUACCACGCCAGCUCAAGGUUUGGCUGGUUGUUCUGGUCUAUACGGUCAUCACAUUUCUCUUCUCCUUCAUUACCACACUCACUGCCUGUGGUGGAAUUUCAAAUCUCCAAAAGGACCUGCGCACGUUUUGUUCAAGCCCUGUUGAUAAUAUCACGCGAAAUCUCAAUUUUUUUGGUUCCUUCGCAUCUGAUGUCUCGACCGACCUACUAAUUAUGGUUCUUCCCUUACGGCUCAUAUGGGGACUACAGAUGUCUUCAAGACGAAAACUGGCUGUUGGCGCUCUAUUUUCCGUCGGUAUAUUUUGUACCAUCACUGCGACUAUUCGCCUGGUCCAGAUUACCUCAAAGACCAGAGUUACAAACCCCAACGCCUUAUGGCUAGCUCUUUGGGGUUCGGUUGAGUCGACAACUGCAAUAAUCGUUGGUUCUCUACCAUCUUUACGAUUCGUACGGAGGACUUCCAGACCUACAGGCGCUGGCGCUUAUACCACUAGCAAUACCGGGUGGGCCAACAGUCGCAAGUUUCAUUCUAUCCAAAUGCAGCCCUAUAGUCCGAACAACACCCGACACGUAACAACCGUAUACGGGGGUCCGGAUACCUCUUCAUCGCGAGAGAGCCUGGCUCCCAAGGAUGGAGUGCUGGUCACCACGCAACAUCAGAUCCGCACUGAGAGGAUACUCCCCGGCUAACGACGUUCUUCCCGCUUCGCUACCUAUAUUUCCUCCGUGGUCUUUUCUACAAAUGACGACUAUAAAAAAUACUGUCACCAAUAU